AAAAAUAUAUUCCUGUAAAAAAUGAAACUGCGUACACCAGAUAAAGGGUGGGCAUGGGUGGUAUUAGUUGCUUCUUUUCUAUGCACAGUUUUUGGAGUGGGUGUACUUAGAGCCUCUGGUAUUCUAUUUUUGGCAUUUAGAACAAAGUUCGAUAUAUUAAGAGAAGAAGCAGCUUGGCCUUUGACAAUAAGAAAGAUUGCUGGAGCAUUCGCCGGUUUUCUUAUUGGUUUUCUUUCACACUUUGUUAAUUUAAAGACACUAGUAAUUACCGGAGUUACGAUUGCAGCGAUCGCUCUUGCAGCAUGCUAUUUUGCUUCAAAUAUUAUAAUGAUUUCCAUACAGUUUGGAUUUCUGCUAGGAUUAGGAAUUGGUAUGCUGGGUUCUACCAAUGUUAUUAUAAUAAAUCGUUACUUUAACAAAUACAGAACCAUAGCUUUAGGAAUUUUAUACUCUGGAACAGCUACGGGUGGAUUUAUGUAUCCUGUUUUAACUACCUACCUGCUUGAUGAGUACGAUUUACAAGGAUGCUUUCUCCUUCUAUCCAGUGUACUUAUGCAAGCUUUAAUAGCCGUUACGCUCUAUAAAAAUCCUCCUUUGCAGCAAGAAUCAACAGAAAAAUCUUCAAAGGAAGACCAACGCGCAAAUUUAUCUGAAGUUGUGCAAUCAUUUUUCGGAUUAUUCCGCACUGCGAUGUUCCAUGUAAUCUGGUUCUCUGUAGCUAUAUACAGCGUAACUCACAUUAUUUAUCUAACUGUAUUCAUGGAUUUUGCAUUGGAUUGUGAUAUACCUCAAUACUCUGCAGUUUAUAUACUAUCUUCUGUUUCUAUAGCGGAAUUGUGUGGCCGAUUGACGUGUGGAUGGAUAAUAGAUUUCGGAUGGAUGAAAAGGAGAACAUUUGUCGCAUUGGCAUUUUUGGCAAAAGCGAUUAUAUACGCAACGAUACCUAUGUGGAACACGUAUUCGGGUCUUUUUGUUACGACACUAUGUCUCGGUUUUACAGCUAGUUGUUUGAGCGUUAAUGUUUCCGCUCUUUACACAGAUUAUUUAGGAUUAAAGAAUCUUCCUUUAGGAGUAGGAACAGGAAAGGCUUUGAAUGGUUUCCUUCAUUUCGCUUCGCCAAGUAUUAUUGGUUAUUUCAGAGAUGUUAGAGGAAGUUACCAUGCGAUGUUUUUCUACUUUGCAGCGGCGUAUUUGUUUUCUUCCUUUCUCUGGCUUCUAGAACCAAUCAUUAUGAAGUUUACAAAACGUGAAACUACGAAAUUAUAAACAUUAUUUUAGGCCUGUCACAUAUCACCAAGCUGUAUAGAAACAAUGUGUGCUCAUUCCAGGGUACUUACUAUCCAAUUAUGUGAAUCGCAAGACGAAUAUAUUUGGACUGUCACGUGGUGCAAACUCGUUCAAUCUCAUUGAACCGGUCGGUACAGAUGAACUCAGAACGCGUCUGUUGCUACUCACGUGAGUGUGACGUUAUCACAGUAUGGAAGUACUACCGGAAGUUAACUUAACAUACGGACUAUGGAUAGGAGAUAUUAUUUAAACUAUAGGCACGAUAAAUUAAAUUAAAUUUGUUGUAAAUUACAAAAAAUUAUUAAAAGAUGUAAAGUAGAAGUAAUCGUUUCUCACGUG